GAGAGCUGUCCUCCGCGCGCCUGUAUAAUAUUCGCGAUAUGGACGGCUGUUUCAGUCCGGGGGAUUUACAGGCGCUCCAAAAUUUAAUCUGCCCGUCGAAGGACGAUGACUCCGACGUCGAGGACGAUCUACCGCAGGCGGGCGCGAGGAAAUUGGGACCGGGCGACAUCGGCGCGCCGAGCGAUGGCCCUCCCCAGGACCGUUCGGGACCUCAUGCACCCCUGCGGGGCGCGGGCGACGAUAUUUGGCAUCCCUCGGCGGCGGCCGACACCCGGAGCUCGCAGGAUUACGACCCGAGAAAGGCGCCCGAAUACGAGAUGAAGUUCAAGCAGGCAGUCACGGCGGAAGACGUUUAUCUGGGAAUGGGCUUUAAAACCCCGAGCACGGCGUCCUGCGAGUGGCUGUCGGUGCUGGUGAAAUUGCCCCAGGAAACGCGGGAAAAUGUGGAGCUCUCCGUGGAAUCCGAGGCGAUCGACGUGCGCAGUCCAAGAUAUCGGCUGCACCUACCGACGCCGCAUUCGGUGGAUCCCAACGCAUCCUCCGCCAAGUGGCACAGCGACACCUCCACCUUGGAGGUCACCCUGAGGCUCGCGCGCGAGCUGGACAACGUAAACUUUUAAUAAUUCCGGAUCGAUACGUCGUCAUCCGUCCGAUCUCGCCGGACGAUACUCACACCUACCGAAGCGACUCGUGAUGAGUACAAAAGAUGCUACAAUUUCCGCCAAUUCACAACUCCUGUGAGGAGGUGGUGCAAGAUCUGUUUAGAAUUACUAUAUAAAAUCAAUUACUUUUUAACAAUUAAAUUUUUUUACUUUAAAAGUAUAAACAUGAAAA